AUAACAACAACAACCAGGGAUUAGGCAUCAACCGAGCAAUCAGCAAGUCGGUUUAAGUCAAAGCAGCAUGGAAUACCCCCGAGGACUGUAAGUGUGGACAGCUGCUCCAGAUCUGUGUGGAGAACACGGGAGGGAGGAUCUUUGAUGACCAUUCACGAGAUGAAGUGGCUGCCGCCAUGACCGGAGAACAGAAAUAGAAAAGGGAACCACUGGAUUUUGAAGAGCAUGCGUCAGCAUUAACACUGCUCAGUGGCAGUGGAGAGAGGGAGUUGUAGUGACCGUCUUGGUCAUGGUCGUGCCGUGCAAAAACGGAGCGAUAGAAAUAGGGUCGUCACGUCCGUCAUUUCAGUUUUGACUACAGCCCCUCCAGUUUGGACUUAUUGAAGACCACCAGAUGCUGGGAAAUUCAAACCGCAAGGGUUUUGUUUUCCGCCGUGUUCUGUCUUCAACGAGGAUUAUUUGUCCAGAGCUCGCCAGAACGCUCCAUCAAAUCAGUUCUCGCAAAGAUCAGCACCUGGUCAGUGAGCACGGACAUCACCGCUGAACCGUGAACUCUUUGUCGAAGCUGACUCAACCAAAACGGGGACGACAAUGAAGGUGGGAGUAUUGCGGUCCGGCAUAUAAAUGAACUCCGCUGAUGCGGAAACACUGUCACAGGUUGUCUAAUGAUGGUGCGGAACUCGAAGCGAGCUGACCAAUCGUUUUGACGAAUCGCGCACUCGAGCUGGACUUUGAGGAAAGAAGCACACUGAAGCAAAUAUUGGGGAGGUGUUGAAGAACUGCCAUGGGGGAGACCGCUGAAUACCAGCGGCUACAGGAAACCUCCGAAUGUGACUAUGAUGCCCUACCCAGCGAUGAUGAAGAGAAACUGGGCAAUAGCAUGCAGUGCGAGGAAGGCACAGAAUGGCUGCUGGAGCUGCUGGUGGAAGUACAGUUGCAGCAAUACUUCCUGCGGAUCAGAGAUGACCUGAACGUCACACGGCUGUCCCAUUUUGACUAUGUCAAGAAUGAAGAUCUUGAGAAGAUCGGCAUGGGACGACCCGGGCAGAGACGACUGUGGGAGGCUGUGAAGAGGAGGAAAGCAAUGUGCAAGCGCAAGUCAUGGAUGAGCAAGGUUUUUAGCGGCAAGCGUCCAGACGGGUGUGACUUCUCCCAGCAGGGGCAGCCCGCCUCUUCCUUCCGCAAGCUGUCUCCCACACCUCCCCUGGGCCUGAUGGAGGGGGUCCUGGCCAAACAGCCCGCCGGAGGUCGUCCUCUCGAUGGCCAGCAGCAGGCUCUGACAUGCCUCAUCCCCGAGAAAGACCUCAUGCUGCUCGAGAAGCUGGGGGAUGGAUCUUUCGGAGUAGUUAACAGAGGAGAGUGGCUGACUCCUGCGGGAAAUAUGAUUAAUGUCGCUGUGAAAUGUUUGAAGACCGACGUGCUCAGCCAGCCUGACGCGCUGGAGGACUUCAUCUGUGAGGUCAACACCAUGCACUCGCUGGAUCACCAGAACCUCAUUCGCCUCUAUGGUGUGGUGCUCACACACCCAAUGAAGAUGGUGACCGAGCUCGCCCCGCUGGGUUCCUUGCUGGAGCGGCUGCGGUGCGUCCACCCGCAGGGCCCGGUGCUGAUCCACACCCUGUGUCAGUACGCCGUGCAGGUGGCCUGUGGCAUGGCCUAUCUGGAGCAGAGGAGGUUUAUCCACAGGGAUCUGGCGGCCAGGAACAUUCUGCUGGCAUCAGCUCACCGAGUGAAGAUCGGUGACUUUGGCCUGAUGAGGGCGCUGCCGAACAAUCAUGAGCACUACGUCAUGCAGGAGCACCGGAAGGUUCCCUUUGCAUGGUGCGCCCCAGAGAGUCUGAAGACCAGAACGUUCUCUCAUGCCACCGACACCUGGAUGUUUGGGGUGACUCUUUGGGAGAUGUUCACACAUGGCCAAGAGCCUUGGGUGGGCCUUAACGGCAGCCAGAUCCUGCAUAAGAUCGAUAAAGAAGGCGAACGUCUCCCGAAGCCAGAGGACUGUCCACAGGAUGUCUUCAAUGUCAUGUUGCAGUGCUGGGCACAGAAGCCAGAUGACAGACCUUCCUUUGUGGCCCUUCGAGAGUUCCUGCUGGAGACCAUGCCCACAGACAUGUGUGCGCUGCAAGACUUUGAGGAGCAGGACAAGCUACUGAUCCAGCUUGAUGAUGUCAUCACAAUCAUUGAGGGCAGAGCUGAGAACUAUUGGUGGCGUGGUCAAAACAAACGUACCCUGAAGGUGGGACAGUUCCCCAGAAACGUGGUGACGUCAGUGGCGGGUCUGUCGGCUCAUGACAUCAGCCGGCCGCUCAAGAACAGCUUCAUCCACACGGGCCAUGGCGACGUGAACCCGCAUCGCUGCUGGGGCUUCCCAGACAGGAUUGAUGAUUUGUAUCUUGGGAAUCCCAUGGAUCCUCCGGAUGUUCUCGGUUUGGACCUCAGUGCAGCUCGGCCCACUCUGCUACCAGGACGAGCCAAACAGGCGCGUCCUCCUCGCCCUCCUCAACCAACCGCGCUAAUCAAGAAGCCUUCUUAUGAUCCAGUGAAUGAGGAUGAGGACUUGACAUCUGCGGGACUGAAGAGGCUGUCACUUCGGAAAGCCGGCCUCAAACUUCGACCGACGGCGUGGGUCUCCUCUUCCAAACAUGGGAACGACAAGAACCACCACCCCGGCGGCGAGGUGUCCCUUAUCGACUUCGGGGAGGAGUUCGCCCCAUCCACGCCAUCCCCGUCGCCCGUGGUCGAAGUCCCGAUCCCCUGUCUCGCAAAGCUGGCUUUGGAUGCAGAGAACCUCUUGGACCGGACGCCGCCGCAGAGCCCGUGCAAGUCGUUACCCCGUCCUCUCCACCCCACGCCCGUCGUGGACUGGGACGCCCGGCCCUUGCCCCCGCCCCCGGCCUACGACGACGUUGCCCAAGAUGAAGACGACAUGGAGGUGAGUUCCAUCAACAGCAUGGGACAGCAUCUUGAUGAAGACCAGAGGGAUGUCCACGUUCCUGAAGCCAACGUCUCCCCGGUCCUAGAAAAGCAAGCCUUGGAGGACAACCUCUUCCUGCCCAGCAAGCACAGCCAGGGCCUCACUACCUCAUUCUGCCAGUCUGCAGAAAUAUUCCAGGAACUGCAGCAAGAGUGCAUGAAGAGGCUCAAUGUGCCGAUGUGUCUGCAGACCCCCCACUACCACGGACACCUCUCCUCCUCUGAGGACAAACCCCAGAUCCCGCCUCGCGUCCCUAUUCCCCCGCGCCCAAUUAAAAAGGGUGACUACUCAUCAGCUCGUUGGUCGAGGGACCUCUCUCUGUCCCCGACCCCGGCCGACGCCAAUGAAGACAUUUCCAGCUCAGGACGCGGUCGGCCACCGCAGAUCCCUCCCAGGGAACCGUUGUCUAGGACUCCCAGCCCCAUAGGCCUGGUAGUGGGCUCCCCACAGCAGAGAGUCUACUCUGUCAGCCCCAUACCCACGCAAGUUACCACUUGCCCCUCCACACACGCCUACAGCUCCUUCCUCUCAACCUCGCCGAGUAAAUUCAUGCCUACCACGCACAGCUUUGCCUCCGAUCCCAAGUAUGCCGCACCCAAAGUGAUCCAAGCACAGGGGAAGGGGGUGGUUCACAAAGGCCCCUGCAUCCUGCCCAUAGUCCGUGAUGGACGUAAAGUCAGUAACACACAUUAUUACCUUCUGCCAGAGAGGCCGCCUUACCUUGACCGAUACGAUCGCUUCUUCAGGGAGGCUGAGAGCUUGACUGGCAACAGUGUGGAUGACAAACACGUACGACAAGCUAACACCGCGACUGUUCGACCCAUGGUGCUCAGCAGCCAGACGUCGCAGGUGCAUGCAGGACAAGGGAUUGUUCCGCUGGGCGAUCUGAAGGCGAAUUAUUCCUCGGACAAUAACAACGGUCUUGGACCACGGACAGGAAUGAAGGCAUCAGUUAGUCUCUCUGGUAUCUGUGCAGAGGCUUUGACAACAACCUGUCCCACGACAGACGGAUUAGGAAACUCGGCAGACAGAGUCAAAGAGGUUCAGGGGGUGGUCCACGGCGUGACGAUAGAAGAGUGCCGAACUGCACUGCAGAACCACAACUGGAGUAUUGAGAAAGCCGUGCAUUACCUGAAGGUGGAGCAGCUGUUCUGUUUGGGUCUGAGCAGCAGGUCUGAGUGUCAGAAGCUGCUGGAGAUGUGUGACUGGAACCUGGAAGAAGCCAGCACGCAGAUGUUGGAUAACUACGGCUCGAGCACGCAACAAAGACGGUGACAAGACUGGUUCUGAUCGGAACUUCAUCCUCAAUGAAACAUCCAGCAGAGCGGCUCUUGGACCAUCCCGUGAACCCCUUCAGUCACACCUAUUCAUGCUCCUGGUGGACUGGUCAGAACUUUCACUUCUGCACUUAUUAAGAGUUUUUUUUAAAAAAGCGUCGUCCAAAGCAGACAAGACAACAAUCUUCCUGGCAGCGUCGGAUCCUUUUACUCUUUUACUGUUUUUAGCAAAGAUCUUUUCCUUCAAGUCAUUAAAAAAAAAAGGUAUGGCUGGAAGGGAACCUGGAAGGGUGGAAAAUGAGUCGUCGGACAGCACAAAACACAAAGAAGCACUUUUGCUGAAAAUGUUCCCACUUUUGUCGAGACGUGGUCAAGAACUUAGUCUUAAUAGAACUCCCGAGUGCAAUUUGCUUUUUAGAUCCAUUUCCAAAGUAAAGAAAAGAGUCGUGAUACAGUCGUCCCUUGUUUAUCGGCUCUAAUUGCGAGUAAACAAAAAAACGCAUUAAUCUCUUAAAGCCCGAGCUGUUUGUUUACAUGCUUUUUUUUCUUUUUUCUUUUUUUUUUUUCUCUUUGCUAAUUGGACCCUAAUUAGAAUAAAAACCAAUAAUCAUUUUGGAUAUGAUGUACUUAGUCCAUAAGUACACAAACGUGUACGUCAUGUUUUGUGACAUGCUAAUUCUUAUUUUUACACUUUUUUUUCUUCCUAAUUCCAUAGUAGGUUAUACUCUUCUGACACCACCAGAUGGCAGUAUAAGUGUCCACAUAAGUGGCCGUAAGACCCCAAUUCAGGUAGUGUACACAAUUUUGGAAAUAAGAGCUAAAAGGUGUGACGUCCACGCAUGUGGCCACUAAGGCCUUUAGAGCAGGGGUGUCAAACUCGUUUUCAAUGAGGGCCACAUCGCGGUUAUUGUUGCCCUCAGAGGGCCGCUUUUAACAAUGAGUAAUAUAUGAAUA